UGAAAAGAGUAAAAGAGAAGUUUAUGUUGACAGUUUGACCCCACUUAAGUUUGUUUAAGAAAGAAAUGAACACGUCCCCCUACCCCUUACUCUCACUCUGACUCACGUCACACACCAUAGGUCCCCCGUACUCACUUUACUCUCUCUUCUAUUUCUCCCGUUACGUUACGUUUAACUAUUUCUCAAUUCUCGAAUCUACCCCUCACUCUCCAUGGAUUCAACUUCCUUUCAUCCUCCUCCUCCUCCACCCACCACCACCGUUCCCUUCACUCUCGAACCGGCUGCUGACUACAACAAUCACCACCACGCCGCUACUACCCACCCUCCUUAUGCUGAGAUGAUAUACAAAGCAAUAGAGGCGUUGAAAGAGAAAGACGGGUCAAGCAAGAGAGCAAUAGGAAAGUACAUAGAGCAAGUGUACAGUGAAGUUCUACCACCACAACACAACACCAUGUUAACGCAACACCUAAACCACUUGAAAUCUGCUGGUCUUCUCAUCAUGUUCAAGAAAUCUUACAAACUACCUUCCUCACUCCCUCCACCACCCACUAUCCCUAGAUCUCACCUCCCUUUCACUCCCAUAACCCAAAGGGGCCGCGGUCGUCCCCCUAAACCCAAACCCCACCCCAUACCCCCUUCACUUAACGACCCUGCACCUGAUUUCGAUAAACUAGGACCUCCCAAAAUUGAUGUGGGAUCCACCUUCACUGUCAAAAGAGGCCGCGGACGUCCUCCUGGUACCACCAGAUCUAGGUCUCUCACCAGGCCUGCCCGUCCUCCCAAGCCCAAAUCUGUCUCCAAUGGCCUCAAAAGACGUCCGGGUCGCCCCCCUAAAAUCCAAUCCCAACCAACUGUCAUCCCUUUCGCUUCUGUUCCCUUUCCUUCUCAUCCUCAAGAGGACCCCACUCUUGGAUCUCCCAGGCCCAGAGGCCGCCCCAAGAGAUAUGCAGAUGAGGUCGUGCCAAGUACCGGAGCACCUUCCGCAUUAUCUGUGGUCAAUGCUCCGCCGAUGAGGCGGGGCCGUCCUCCGAAGCUUGCUGUUGUUAGUAAGCCCAAGAAUUCCACCGGAAGGCCCGUUGGCCGCCCAAAGGGAGCCAAAGCUGCAAAAAAGUUUGCUGAUGAAGAUUUAAGAAGGAAAUUUGAAUACUUUCAAUCAAAGGUUAAGGAAUCUCUUGAAGUGCUUAAGCCUUAUUUUGAUAAUGAAAGUCCAGAGACUGCAAUUGCAGCAAUCCAAGAGUUGGAAAUGCUGACAACUUUGAACCUUGAAGCACCAUUAAGAGAUGAAACACUGCAACUACAACAAUUCCCGGAACAGAUACUGCCGCAACAACAGCUACCACCGCCGCAACUACCUCAGGCACAUAUGUAUGAACAGCAAUAUCUCCAGAUACCAUCGCAGUCACAGGUGCAGCAACUUUUUCAACCACAUACUUUAGACCUGAGCUAAGAAAACUUGCAUGUUUCUCAAUGGUGGAGAACUCACUUGUAAAAGAUAUGUAAAGCUUUUAGGAAGUAGUAGGAGCACUGAUUUUCUGAGAAUCUAAUGACUCUGUCCCUUUGGAUUUGUUUUAUGCUCCUUUAGAUUAAUUAACCCCUGAAAUAAUAUUUAGCGACUACUAAGGAUCCUGUUGUUGUUUAAGUUAUUUUAAUUUGACUUUCAUAGUCACAUUCAAGGUUGUCAAACAUAAAUUUCUAGAUAAGAUAGUGGAUCUAAUGUUAGGAGUCCCACAUUAAUUAUAAAAGCAUUUAAUGUGGUAUUUAAGCCAUGAGGUUCUCCC